GAAAGACAACACAGGAGCACAGAUCACUCGGCACGAGCGCGGUACUUUAUUUACUGUAUCGCCAUUCCGUCCGUUAUAUUACAUUCUAAUUUACCUCCAUUUGGCGCGCCAGCGUUGACGCGCAGAGGUAGCGGCGGACAGGCAUGGGCACGGAGACACUCCGGUGGCGUGCACGUUCCCGGCGCUUUAAAGUUAAAGCGGUAACUUUUUGAACACAAUGGCGUCCUUCAGUCUGCAUCCAGAGCGAUGGCGGGUUCUCGCGGAGCCUUGUCUCCAACGGACAGAUGGAGGCUCGCGCCCAGACUUGUAGCCAUGCUGUGGCUCGGUGUCGCGUGCGCUCUGGUCUUCUCCUUGCUGCGAUGCUGCGGGUCCGAAGUGACGCAAAGUUUCAUCUUAAGCCGCGACGAGCCGCCGCUCGUGCCAGGACGCUACGGCGAGGCUAACGGGACGGCCGGUGUCAGUAGGAGGCGGUUUAAGCGGAGCAACGCGGGAGACGGCGCGCGGGCGGAGCGCUCGGUGAACGAGACGGACUGGAGGGGCGCGCGCAGGCUGCCGCACGCGCUCAUCGUCGGCGUGAAGAAAGGUGGCACGCGCGCGCUGCUCGAGUUCCUCAGGCUGCACCCGGACAUCCGCGCGCUCGGCGCCGAGCCGCACUUCUUCGACCGGCACUACGCGCGCGGCCUCACCUGGUACAGGAGCAUGAUGCCCAAAGCGCUGGAUGGACAGAUCGUGAUGGAGAAAACACCACGGUACUUCGUGACAGCCGAGACUCCAGCUCGUGUCCAUGCCAUGUCCCGAGAUGUGAAGUUAAUCGUCGUUGUCCGUGACCCCGUGACCCGCGCCAUCUCCGACUACACACAGAUCGCCUCGAAGACGCCGGGCAUCGCCAGCUUCGAAAGCCUGGCGUUUAAGAACAGAUCAUCCGGGCAGGUGGACUCUCUUUGGAGCCCGCUCUACAUCGGCUUGUACGCUCAGCACCUGGAGCGCUGGCUCGCUUAUUUCCCCCUCUCUCAAAUCCACUUUGUCAGCGGCGAGAGGCUGGUCAGUGACCCGGCUCUCGAGCUGGGCCGCGUGCAGGACUUCCUGGGGCUGGAGCGUAUUAUCACAGACAAGCAUUUCUACUUCAACAAGACUAAAGGCUUCCCCUGUUUGAAGAAGGCAGAGGGCAGCGCCGAGCCACACUGCUUGGGCAAAACCAAAGGCAGGACACAUGUGCGCGUCGACCCUGAGGUCAUUCACAACCUCAGGGAUUUUUACCACCCGCACAAUCUGAGGUUCUACAAACUGACUGGAAUGGAUUUUGGAUGGAAGUGAGGUUUUCUUUUUUUUUCUUUUUUAAAAUCCAGGCACUCAUGUGUGCAAAGCGGCACAGGAAACUGGUAAAUAUUUGAUGCAGUUAGUGCUCACAUUGGUAGUGGAAACUCUGGGUGAGUUAUAGGAAAUGCACUCUGAUCAAGGGUGAAAUAUUAUAUAAUCAGAUUUGCAUUUGAUUAUGUUUUUAUAACGGCGUCCUAUGUAUCAGGCUUCAGGAUGACCGCAAAAAAAAGAGCACAGUGGAAAGUAAAGCGGUGUCUAAACACCAGCUGUAAACAACAGAGUGAGCAUCAUUUGUAAAACACUGUUAAAGAAGUUGGACUGUACGGAAUAGAUUUAAUGUGAUUGACACUGAUUCGUCCCAUCAAGUGUUAUUACUUUCCAGAGUAACUGGAUUUGUGUAAUCAUUUGGGCUGGUCUACUGGCUCACUGAUGGAAGCUUUUAAAUCAAUUGAGCCAAAUAGUCAUUUUCCUAUUAUUAUGAUUAUUAUAAUAAUAAUAAUAAUAAUAAUAAUAAUUAUUAUUAUGUUGCAGAUUUGGUAUAUGGAAUAUCAUAAAGAACAGGGAAGUACAAGAAUACUCAUACUUUCAACAUUUUUAAUAACUUUAAAGUCUUUAAUUUGUUAGGACAACAAUUGUAAGUAACCUGACAUCGUGUUCAUAGAUGGAGCUAAUAAAAAAGAAUCAUACAUUAUACAUGCAUACAUUACACAUGCGUUCAUACAUUAUGCAUAAAUCAAGACGUAACGUCACUCCCUUUGAAACAUGUGCAUAUCAAAAGAAGUGGCUGUGACAUGCUGAUCUGUUCUUGCAUAAUGCACUCUUUGUGCAGCAUAA